CGUUGUGAUUACCGCUAUAAAGGUAGGAGCGGGAUUAUUUAGAGUUAUUCACUUGUACCUUUAUAUAUAAGAAUUUUAGAUAGCCUGAUAUUUGGUUCGGCAAUUAAUUUGUGGAAAUCUUAUUAUUAAUCAGUGACAAGAUAAUAUAUUUGUGGUAAACUGUAAACAUGUCUGACGAGAAGAAGGAAACUAAAGCAGAAUCGGAACAUAUAAAUUUAAAAGUAUUGGGACAAGAUAGUGCAGUGGUUCAGUUUAAAAUUAAAAAGCACACACCACUCAGGAAAUUAAUGAAUGCCUACUGUGAUCGUGUGGGCUUGGCGAUAGCAGCAGUGAGAUUUAGAUUUGAUGGACAACCCAUAAAUGAAUUAGAUACACCAACAACUCUUGAAAUGGAAGAAGGAGAUACAAUAGAGGUUUAUCAGCAACAGACAGGAGGAGGAUUGUGUUGAGAUUUAAGAUUGUCCUUCAAUAGUUUAAAAAUGGACUUGAUAAAAAAUUUCUGUUCCAGUGCUUACUUCAAAAAGGAGGCAUGAAUUAUUUUCUAUUUUUUCUGAU